AUGGCUGUUCACUUCUCUCUGGUCUUAUCUCUGACCAUUUGUGGUCUGACCAUUAGCUCUCCAUCAGCCAUUGAUCCAAUAAUCGACAAGUUAGUAGAAUUAUCAGAGGACUCCCACUACAAUAACUUCGAUCUCUCUGCGGUCAUACGUUUUAAUAUCACUGGAUAUAAGGAAUUCGCCCUCAAGCAACCUAAACCAUAUCAUCUAUUCGUAUUGCUAAGUGCCAACCAGGGAGUCGGUGCUCAUACUGAUGAGAAGGAUCCUGUUUUCUUUGGAGUUAUCGAUGCCUAUACCAACAGUGAAAUACAACGAGUACAUGAGCUCAAGGCAGUACCCUUAUUGUUUGGCUGCGUUGAAAGUAUUCGCCUAACAGAGCCAAAAUUAUGGUCCUAUCCUGCACAGAAACGGAUUUGGACCACCCCUUGUAGGCAAAUUACAUGCUAUGAAGGUUUCGCCAAGUUUGGCGAGUUGGCGAAACCUGGUGCUCCGAUGAACAAGCUUCUAACUGAUUAA